CUACUGUACGCCUGUUUUAGGGUGGCGCAGCAACGACCUGGAUUUUGUGGUCGAUUAUGUUGUGAUUUGAAGCCCAGCAGCCCACUGCAUUAAAAGGAGUUAUAUUUCCACGAUCAUCAGUUACAAACGUUCCUUGGUGACGUCAUGAGUGUUGUGAAGUCCAAUCUGUCAGUAGAACAGGAGAAGAAGCUGCUGUCUCUGUUCGGCCAUGUCAGACUCCACCUGCUCUACAAAGCCAGCGUCCAUGGCUACAUGAAUAUAGCCUUCCACAGCCGCUGUGAUGGCCAGGGACCCACCGUACUUGUGGCCUACAACAGGGCUGGGUUUGUUUUCGGAGGUUACAUCAGUAAGGACUACGCCCAGACUGGACAAGUGAUCAAUGAUGAUAAGGCCUUUCUCUACAGCAUCACUGACCAGAGAGAAAAGCCACUGCGUGUGUCCAGUACCGAUGGCCAGUAUGGUUUCACAGAUGGAGCCUAUGGUCUUAAUGUUGGUGCCUUGUGGUUUCUUAAUAAUAGCACCGCUACAGUUCAAAUUGUUGCAGGGAACUGCUACACCUUUGAAGCAGAAGAGAUGCAUGGCAAUGACCUGCAGCUGACAGAGUGUGAGGUAUACAGAGUGGAAGAGUGUGUAGGCCUUCUGAAGACUCCUUGGAGGAAAAUUGACUUCGAAGGAUAUGGCACCAAGGAACGCCUGAUGGACUAUAUCAAGAACUAUAAGCCUGAGGUAAAGUCUCUGGUCCAGGUCAGAGUUCUGCUGGUGGGUCCGGUCGGGGCCGGCAAGUCCAGCUUCUUCAACUCCAUCAACUCUGUCUUCAAAGGACAUGUUACCGGGCAGGCUAACACCGGCAGCGCUGGCACCAGCCUCACCACACAGUUCCGUACCUACAGCAUCAAGGCAGAGCAGGGUGGGAAGGCUCUCCCUCUGGUCCUGUGUGACACCAUGGGUCUGGAGGAAGGACCCAGCGCAGGGAUGGAUAUAGACGACAUCAACAGUAUCCUGAAGGGCCACGUACAGGACCGGUACCAGUUCAACCCGUCCAUGUCUGUCCAGACGGAUGGUGUUGGGGUCUGUAAGUCGCCCAGCCUGAAGGACACGAUCCACUGUGUGGUCUACGUACUGGAUGCCUGCAAGGUCGCUCUGCUCUCUGCUAAAAUGGUAGACAAGCUCGCCGCCAUCCGCAAGGGGAUCAACAAGCUGGCGUUGAAAAAAGGCAAGUUUAAGUCUGUUCCACCUCAGCAAGUCUGACCAUAAACCAGAGACCACUAUGAUGACACACCAAAUGGGUUUGAUGGAUCACGGGAUAAGAGCAAGAAUUGGCUUUUCUAGGCUACAGUCCAAGCUAUGUCUUCCAAUGGCGCGACUGCUGUCGGCAUCCAAAGAUUAUCCAACUUGAAUAAACGCUUGGAGGUAAGGAUGACAGCAGUGGUGUAGUCUACUGCAUACGGAUAUCACUUAUUAUUGAUAUCUACAUAGCACAUUGGUGUGAAUCACACUGCUGCUCUCACAUUUAGCUAUUUGCGCCUGACGUGUUGUGGUUGUUGUGGAUGGCUGUUCACAAAUCUAAACGUAUUUUUGAACCCAAAAAUUGUUGAAUUCAAGAAGUUUAAGCUGCCUACCCAAUCAUUGUUUUUGAAACCAGUGGACAGCCAGUGAAAAAUGCUCUCUUGCAACAGCUGCAUAGUACGGAUCCCAGCCUAUGGAAUAAAAGUGGGUCUUUUAUUGCUCAAUCUAAUUCAUGCUGAUAACAAAUGAACACAUGUUCAAACUCGUAUGUAUUUGAUAGACUUAAAGGGGGAAUCUGUAGUUGCUACAUCCAUUUUUGGACUUAUGAAUUAUAUAUAUAUUAAUGUAAAGAUAUAAUUUAAUCAUAUUAUUAUAUGUAGUAGAAGCGAUGAGUUAGGAGAAGCCUACACAACCAACCCAUAAAGUAAAAUGUAACAUCCAUAUAUGGCCAGCUAUGCAAACUUUAACAUUGAUUUAUCCUGCAAUUGUUGUCGUUCAAUUGGUAACAUACAUUUUUGUCUUCUUCUAAUGCCUCUUAAGGGAAAAGUAAUUUAAAAGUAACGCAAUGUAAUUUGAGUAAUCCAAAUGUUACAUUACUGAUUACAAUUUUGGACAAGUAACUAGUAACUAACGGAUUACAUUUAGAAAGUAACCUACCCAAACCUGGUGUUGUGUCACUAGGUAUUCCCCAGCUGGUCCUGCUUACUAAGGUGGAUGAGGCCUGUCCUCUAGUGAGAGAAGACCUGACCAACAUAUACUUCAGCCACUAC